CCUGCCGAGCUAGCUAACUGUUGAGGUUCUUGCGUCGUCGGCGUCACUGGCAUUGUCAGUUCGUCGCUGCCGCCGACUGCGAGGAGUUCAAUAGAGAUCAGUACUAUGGCGCGUGCGGUGGCUCUUGCUGCCGGGCUGGCCGCCAUGCUGGUCUCGAUGCUGGCGUCGGCGGCCACGGCGCAGAUGGACAGCUGCAGCGGCGACCUGCCGGCCGCGCUCGUCGGCAACUACUCGGGGAUGGCCUGCCAGCCCGUUUGGAACAACUUCGUGCUCCGGUACCAGCAGGACAAGAACAACGUGCUCCGGGUAGUGCUGUCGACCAUGUACAGCACGGGGUGGGUGGGGAUGGGGUUCUCGCGGGACGGCCUCAUGAUCGGCUCCAGCGCCAUGGUGGGGUGGAUGGGCAAGAAGGGCCUCCCCCACAUCCGCCAGUUCUCGCUCCGGGCAAAGUCCGGCUCCAAGGCCGCCGUCGUCGACAGGGGCUUCCUCGUCUCCAACGACCACGACCACACCGUCGUCGUGCAGCAGGCCAAGAUCUACGUCGCGUUCCAGCUCAAGUUCUCCUACCGCCUCUCCCACCAGCACAUCAUCCUCGCCUUUGGGUCCGGCGUGCCGGUCAAGAACAAGCUCACCAAGCACCAGGACAAGACCUCGUUCACCUUCGAUUUCACCACCGGGAAAACGUUCGCCGACGGUGCCUUCCCCUACGGCCUGAGGCGGGCGCAUGGCGGGCUCAACCUGUUCGCGUGGGGCAUUCUGCUGCCGAUCGGCGCCAUCCUAGCGCGCUACUUCCGGCGCAUGGAUCCUCUCUGGUUCUACCUUCACGUCGGUAUCCAGCUAGCAGGAUUCAUCAUCGGCCUCGCCGGUGUCGUUGCUGGCGUAGCUCUGUAUAGCAAGAUCCAAGCCGAUAUCCCAGCCCACCGAGGCCUCGGCAUAUUCGUUCUUUUCCUCGGCAUUCUGCAAGUUCUGGCAUUCUUCGUAAGGCCCAACACGGACUCGAAGUACCGCAAGUACUGGAACUGGUACCACCACUGGGCUGGUAGGCUAGUGCUAUUCUUCGCGGCUGUCAAUAUUGUUCUUGGGAUCCAUGUCGGCGGAAGCCAUGACUCCUGGAAGAUCGGCUACGGUUUCAACCUCGCCAUUCUCCUUGUGGCCGUCAUCGGACUGGAGUUCAUGUUGUGGACAAGAUGGUCCAAGAACAGCACCUCCACACCGACAUAUUGAGCUCGGUCACAACUGGGGCGUCUGCUCAUGUGGCAAUAUCGUGGCAAUGACACCCCUAUUUUUUAGUUCUUUUUUUUCUUUUUAGUUCUUUUUUUUUCUUGGUUAUGUGGUUUGUUUGUUCGUUUACGUCCAUGUUCUACCUUUGCUGGUAUACUCUUGAUAAUGUAAGUCUCAGUAGGCCCAGCUGAGCGUGGACACAUACACAAGUUUGGACAUAAUUUUGCGAUGUCUGAAAUGUACUAAAAAUAUCUGAAACAACUAUGGAUGUGGCCUUAUGACGGUCCCUAUUUAGGUGA